GUUAAAAUUUGGUAAGGGAAGCAACUCUGUCAAAAUUGUAAACAACGUGCCUCCGCGCGGAAGGCUUGCUUGAAACACUCCAAGAAAAGUGUUGUCAGCUGUUACUGGAUGUCAUAUAUUAAGAUUGUUCAGAAUUUAACCACAAGAAGACACAACCGGAUCCGGUAAUCAUGUCUGAAGACAGCAUGGAGACCUGGUACUGGUAGUUAUAUCAGUGUCAUGUCUGAAGAAAGUUUCCAGGCCAACACACAAGCCCUGAUACAUGACAUCGACAACAUUGUGGAAUCAAGUCCUGGACGGUCACAAACAGAGGUCAGCUCACAGCAACUGAUGGAGGACAUUGACCAAGCACUUGCUGAGGGCAGCGGGACAAGGUCUGGAGAUGUCCUUGAGUUGAAGUCCCCAAAUGUGCAGAACGCUCCACCAGCGAGUGAGGACAAGGUGGAUCAACCUGCAGUACCUGAAGAGGUCAGCAAAGAAGACAAGAUGGAGGAACAACCUGUCUCCCCCUCACAAGAAAUAGACUCUUCCAGAUGUGAAUCCCAGACAUCAUCGUAUAUAACCCUGUCUGGUAAAGUGGACCCUUCCAAGGUAGUCAACACAUCUGAAGAAGAUUUGCUUGCAAUCGGAGGGUCAUUCCCUUCUAAGGAAGUCGAGACCUUCUCUCUCCCACCCGGAACCCAGCCCUUUGUUGCAGGAUGUUCACAUGAGCCUCCAUCCAUCACAGAGUCUCCAUCGGUCAUGGAACAGGAGUCUCCAUCAGAACACAGCUCAUUGGAUAAAUCAGAUUCUCCUAGCGUUAUUCCAUCAUCUCAAGGUUUUGGAUCAAGUAUGUUUUUGCCAAGAGUUGUGAGAAACAGUAAACAAUCCGGAAAUGAAACUUUGAAACCGGUUGAAAAGACAGUCAGUGAUGACCUUCAAGAAAAACCAGACACUCUGGAUCAAGAGGAUGUGCCAUCGGCAAAGAGACCAAGGCUGCAGUCGGUAGAACCUAAUGUGGAAGAGGAUAAACCUGAGGAUGUCAGAGUUAUCCCCCCUGCUGCGGAUGAAGCUACAAAAAUUCAGACUGAAAGUGUUGAAGGUGACGUGGUGUUUGACUCGACUCCGUAUCAGGUAUCUGGAUGCUGGGCAGAGUUCCAACAGCAGGAGAACUAUCUCCGGGGAUGCAAGUGGUCCCCUGAUGGCGCCUGCAUCCUCACCAACUCCAACGACAACUGCCUACUCCUCUUCAACCUCCCCGAGGGGGUGUACACUGACGGUCAGGACAUCCCAGAGGACAUGAUUCCUGCUCUGAAGAUGAAAGAAUCGGAACUCAUCUAUGACUUCUGCUGGUAUCCCAUGAUGCAUUCCUCAGACCCAACGUCCUGUUGCUUCGUGAGUACAAGUCGAGAGACCCCUGUCCACAUGUGGGAUGCCUUCACAGGAGAACUAAGGUGCUCAUACCGUGCAUUCAACCAAGUGGAUGAGGUGACGGCAGCCCACAGUUUGGCCUUUAAUCUUGAUGGCAGCAAACUGUACACUGGCUUCAACAAGAUGAUCCGAGUGUUCGACACAGCCCGGCCAGGAAGGGACUUUCACAGCAGACCAACAUAUGCCAAACAAGGCCAGUGUGGGAUUAUCUCCUGUAUUGCCAUGAGCCCCACGGAGCAAGGCCUGUAUGCUGCAGGCUCGUAUUCCAGAAGUAUUGCACUGUACCAUGAACCAAAAGGUGACAUGGCCUGCAUGUUUCAAGGUCAGCAAGGGGGAGUAACUCACAUUAUGUUUUCACCUGAUGGCACUAAGCUUUACGCUGGGGGAAGGAAGGAUCCCGAAAUUGUUUGCUGGGAUUUGAGAAAGCCUGGAACCAUUUUGUUUGUUGCCCUGAGACAAGUACAGACCAACCAGCGAAUAUACUUUGACUUAGACAGCACUGGGAAAUACAUGAUAUCUGGUAACCAUAACGGCACUGUAAGUGUCUGGGAUACCCUGCAGCCCCCUAAGGCUGGGAUGCUAGACAGUGAGCCCCUCAUCAAGCCAGUGCUCAAUUACCAGGCACAUACCGACGUGGUCAAUGGACUCAGUGUUCACCGGUCAAUGCCUCUGAUGUGCACCACAUCAGGACAGAGACACUACCCUGCCCUCGGGGACAGUGACGACUCAGAUGCGGAGACAGCACCCAGUAGCAGCAGCAUCGACUACAGCCUCCGUCUGUGGUAUUACCCUCAGCCAACGGACCAGGUCCCCUCGUCAUGAUGUCUUUACAUGUAUUGUACAGCGUAUCAAUAAACUUUUAUAAAUAUGA